CAUUGCCUCACAGACCGCACAGCGGGGCCUACCUACCCCCCAGCCUAAACCAAAAACAUAUUAAACAUUUGUGAAAGUUCUGGAAGUUCGACUGUAGCGAAAAUGAAGACGUUUUCAGCUGUAUUAUUAUGUAUCGGCACACUUUCCCUGGCGGCUGCAGCUCCAGUGAACCGCGACAACUCCCCUAUCGAGUAUGAAUACGACUACGACCACGCGGCCCAACAGGCACAACAAGCCCCACAGGCCCAGGAGCCCCAGGAGUCAGCCAGCCACUACGACGCCUAUAUCCAGGACGUUAAGGCUGCAGCUAGCGGCGGCAGUGGCGGCAAGAAAGGCUUCAGUCAGGGCAGUGGUCUCAGGACCAUCGCCGUAGGCUCCGCCAACCAAGCUAAGACUGCUCUCGGAAACCAAGCUGCUGCUGGUUACCAAGCUGCUUACGUAGCCAAGAAUACUCUCGCCCAGUCUGCUGCUCAAGCUAGUGCCACAGCCCAGGCCGCUCUCGCCGGUAAACAGGUCAUCCUCGCAGGUUUGGAACAGCAAGUCAGAGACGCCAAGGUUGGACUCCAGGGUGAAGAGAUGCAGCUGCAACAAGCUAAGAGAGCCGCCCAGGCUGCUGCCAACGCCGCCCAGCAAGCUAUGCACCAGGUGAACGUUAUCCAAGCUGCCUUGAACGCUGCCCAAGCUACAUCAGAGAACGCCAAUGAAGCAGCAUCUCAAGCUGCUGGUGAGCUCGGUGCCCAGACCGCCAUGGUGGGAGCUGCCAGACAGAGGCUGCAUACUCUGCAGGAUCAGCUUCAUGGAGUCAGGAUCGACUUCGAGGCUACACAGGCGGCGGCGAGAAAGGCUCAGGCGGCAGCUCAACAGGCUCAAGCUAACGCUGCUGCCGCUGCAGCGAAGGCAGCUGCGGCUGGACUUGGAGGCCAGCACAAGGAUUCGUCUCACGAAGGUACGGCGCCCGAGCAGUACCAGGCUGCUCCUCAGAGCCAGGAACAGGACGCUCACGAAUACUAUCAGCUACAGUCGGACUACCACCACUAGUAACAAUAAGGUUUUAGGUGUCUGAGUUUUGAGAUUUGAAGGAGUUUUUUGGUUUGUUUGUUUUUGUUCCUAUUUCUAUCCUUGUUUCUCCCCUAUGUCUUUGUUUUCCUUUUACGCUAUCCUCAUUUGUCUUCCGUCUUCUUCUGUCAUAUUCAUGGUAUUUUUUUACCAAUAUGGUUUUGUUUUUCCUAUAAGUUUCUUAAACUCUUUUUCAUUAUCUACUAUCAAAAUCAUUUUCCUCAUCCUUGUUUCUGUUCAUGUUUCUUCUUCCCUCCUUUUACAUAUUGUCCUUUCUUACAAAAAAUCAACAAAGUAAAAAAGUUUGAGAAUCUCAGAACGUUAGUUAUAGUUAAUAUUAGGAUAGGGUACUUUAGCAUUAAAAUAUUUAUUUCACACAUUGCAUCCUAUUCUAAUGUUAGCUUACAAGUAGUCAGAGUGAUAUCUACUACGAUGUAAAUAAAAUGUUUUAUCUUUAUAGUUAGGAAUGCUUCAACAUCGAGUUAUGUGAUAUCUGUUAUGUUUUCCAUUUUUAUACUUUUUUAUACUUAUAUGGUCCCAAGUGGUUCCUAUUUUGUUUGUGUAACUAUUAAGUUAUACUAACCGCAAAAAUAUUUUGAGGUGAUGCCCAAAAUGGCAAACGAAAUCCUGUAACUUGACAACGCAACCAAGCAGCGAUUAAAGCCAAGUUUGCUGUGUAGUUACUGCAACAUGUUGCAUGACGCAUGCUUGUUGCGUUGCGAGUUACGUAACAGUUCCCUUUGAUACUAACAUCAUAAUUAAGUGCGAUGUCUCAAAGCCAUAGUGUCGACAGAAAGUGUGAAAAAAUAAAAUAUUGUUUUU